CGGGCGGGUGGCGCGCUCGUCUGCGCAAGCGAUUGCCUUUUUGAACUCGCUCAGGCGGGAGACUCUAGGAAAGCUUCACUGGCGAAAGGAGGCGGAGGUGGAGAGGCGAGGGACGCGAAGGCGCGCGCGCGAUCGGCGCAUCCAUGCCCCUCCGGUCCCAAUUGUGGGACUGAACGCCUAUUGGACGAACGUGGAGGCGGCGGAGCGAUGAGCGAUGAACGAACCGCGCUCGUUCUUUGAUUCUAGAAAUCUGCACUUUGCGAUGGGAUUUCCGCCGUUGGAUUAGCAAAAGGAAGAGGAGAAGCGGACGGGCUGGACAACUGGGGAGGAAGGCGGGAAGGCCAGAGACGCGAUCGGCCGACUGAUUCGAAUCUGCGCGUAGCGAUGGGAUUUCCAGCCGUCGGAUUGAGACGGUCUUUGGAAUAUGCCGAAAGAAGGCUAAGGCAACCGUUGUCUUGCGCUGGAAUCUAGUCGUUGUAUACUGCUCUGCCUCCGCGUGGCCUUUGCUGACCGUGCUGUUGUUCCUGGUUCAGAUUGGCGUGGGGAUGCCUGGGCUUGGUGCGCGGGAAGAGGGCGAGCCGGAGCGGGAAGCGGGAGAGGAGUACGGAGAGGAAACGGAAGCGCAGAGGCGGCGGCGUAGGCGGCGACGACGGCGGGGGCGGCAAGGAGAACCGGGCGAGCGAGUGCGCGUGUCGUGGAGGUAGGACGGGAGAAGAGAGAGAGAUAGAGAGAGAGAUCGGAGCAGGCGGGAGAGGAAACAGGAGCAAGAGGAGGAGGACGGCGGAAUAGAGACGGUGCGGUACCGUGCGGGAGAGCAGUGAGGCGUAAUCUGCGAAGAGGGGAGGUGUUGCGCGGGAGAGAGGAGUAAGUAGGAGGAAAAGUCUGCAGGAGGAGUGGCAAAGAAGGAAGCAGGGAGGGGAGUGUGUGGAUGUGCGACGUCAUGCGCGGCGGCUAAGCGACGGGUGGCCACGCCAGCUGCCGUACAAGAUCGAAGUGGCGAAGCGAGAUAGGCGUUGAGGGGGAAGGACUGAACCUUGACCUGGGCGUGGGAGGUCGAUCGCAAGACGAUGCCGCAGCAGGAGAAGCAGGGACAGGGACAAGGGGAGGAGGGAGGAGAGACGCUGAAGAUGGCUGCGCCCCAAGGAGGGCAGAUGCGCGCGAAGAACGCGGGCGGCGGUGUAGCCGGACGGCUGUCGUUGCCUGUGCAAGCGGUUCAGCAACAACAGCAACACCUCAGCCAUCAGCACCAUCACCUGCUUCACCAGCACCAAUCCCAGCAGCAGCAGCAGCAACAACAGCAACAGCAGUCGCAGCUAAGCCAGCAGGUGACGUUGCAAACGCCUUUGCACAGGAUGAUUGGAGAUUAUAUCGUGACGCAACAGAUUGGGUCAGGCUCGUUUGCCGUGGUGUGGAAAGGAAGGCACAAGCUCACGUCUACGGAGGUGGCGAUCAAGGAAAUUGCGACAGAUAAGCUGAACAGGAAGCUGCAGGACAGCUUGGAGUCUGAGGUGGCAAUUCUGAAGCGCGCCAACCACCCAAACAUCAUACACUUGCUGGAGAUCGUUAAGUCUCAUGAUAGGAUCUUCCUUGUUCUGGAGUACUGUGCUGGAGGGGAUUUGUCAGAGUAUAUUAAGCGCCAUGGCAGGGUUCCUGAAGCUACUGCAAGGAACUUCAUGCGUCAAUUAGCGGCGGGAUUGCGUGUAUUGAGAGAUAACAAUUUGAUCCAUCGUGACCUGAAGCCACAGAAUCUGUUGCUUUCCACAGCUGACCGGAAGUUGACUCUGAAGAUUGCAGACUUUGGAUUUGCCAGAUCUCUCAUGCCUCAAGGUCUUGCGGAGACUCUCUGUGGAUCGCCGCUGUAUAUGGCGCCUGAGAUUUUGCAGUUUCAAAGGUAUGAUGCCAAGGCGGACUUAUGGAGUGUCGGCGCCAUUCUGUUUGAGCUCGUCACGGGACGACCGCCAUUUGGUGGUGCGAAUCAUGUCCAGUUGCUUCGAAACAUUGAGCGCUCUGAGGCACGGAUCCCGGAGAAUAUUUCAUCCACCCUUUCUGAAGAUUGUGUGGACAUGUGUCAGCGCCUGCUGCGACGACAUCCAGUGGAGCGUUUGGCUUUCGAACAGUUCUUUCAUCAUCCAUUUCUGAAUCUUCCAAGGAAGGAUAUCUGUCAGGAGGGAGAAAAGGGCGGAAACACCAGGAGACCAGCAGGAGUUGCCGAGGAGAAAAGUACCCUAAGUGGCGCCAAGGACUUAUCAAGAGAAGAACACCCUCUGCGCACGGAUGAGAGCAAUGAUGACAGCUCACAUGGGGAGCUUCCAUUUGUGUUGGAGGAGGAUCAUCGCCUUGCAAGGGAGCAAACUGGGAAGGGUGUGGCUGGCCUGGUGGAAUUGACAGGCACAGGAGUUCCAAGUUCAGGUGCGGUUGUCAGUCAGGUUGGAUACAGCCUCCGGCUUGGAAGGGGCAACCACACAGGAGUAAUUCUGGAACCACCUCGCCAAGGAGAGCUUGGAGGGGGUGGAGGGGGUCGAGGACCAAUGUCAAGGGUUUGGCCACCCCUGUCACCUCCGCGGCCAAAGCCCACACGAGAUAAGGGAGGUGAUGGUGACAAGGCUUUUGGCAGCCAGCAACAACAGCAGCAACAGAAGUGCCCUGAAGCAUCCUAUGGAGGUAGGUCUUCUCUCAAGGUAUCAUCGCCACCAUUGUAUUCUGGGUGUAUGCCUCCUGCUGGUGGAGCUGUGCCAGUUGGCGGUGGAGCUGUGCCAAUCACUGGGGAGAUGUCUACAGCGUUGCCUUGUACCUGCUGCCACGUCAUCGUCACCGCCGCCGCUGCCAUCGCCGAUGCGCAGAAAUUUCGGCAGCGCUUCCCGUAGGAAAAGUGGCUUACCAAGAUUUAUACAAGCCCAAGUAUAAGAAAGGACCUUAGAUAAUGCAAAAUUUAAUCUAAGUAAAAAAACUAUCACAGA